AUGGACGGGGGAUUCGCGGGCGAUUGCGUGUGCGGCCGGGUGUCUUUCAUGCCUGAGGCAAACAAGGGUCAUGCCGUAGCGCUGCACAUCCCUCAGCCCGAUUAUGUCAUUCGUCCCUCUCCUUCCCUCCCAAAUCCAUUCUCCAAGCCCCGCGAAAGGUCGAUCGGUCUGCCUCCUCAGGCACAUCUCACCUGGUCCUCACCUUCCACUCGCCAUCAUCCACUCGCCAUCAUCCACUCGCCUUGCUCGCCUGCCCAAUAUCUCCACUUUUAUUUCCCUCUUCCACUUUCCGCUGCCUCCGUGCCGGACCACUUUCACGCGGCAACGGGCAACUACGAACGGGGGCCAACCUCCCAAGACUUCCAAUACACGAUACAGGAACUCUCCCCCCCAGCUCCGAUGGAUCAUGUGCUCCUGCUCUUCUGUCUCUUUGAGUUUUCGCCUACCUUAUCUUCCUGUGCCUACCUUGACGCAUCAAUGCUAAGCGCGCUGUUGCUGUCCUAUCCCUGUACCAAGAACUUGUGCUCCCUUCUUCACAAUGACAGGCUUCAGCACGAGCGAGGAGUGAGCACUCAGCACCCUAAUUACUUACGGGCCGAAGACAUUGGCAAGCCUUCUAGUUGGGUGAAAGACGUCACUCCUCAGCCAAAGCCCUGCGGCGCGCCUCAGAGCAAGGGGUCUCAUCCGGGUCUGAAACCCCGUCGCCGUAUCAUCGUGAUACAGAAAGUCACCAAAGCCCACCCCCAGGUCCCAAAAGACCUAGCUGUGCUGUUCCGAACGGGUGGGUUCCGGGCUCGAAAAUGGUUCAUGUUGUCCUCCCCAGAUACUCAGCAGUGGCAAAUUUUGACUAUUUGCGGCGCCUUCCGCCGCCUAUCGGCCUCCGAAAAGUUUCCAGGCCGGCCGCCCCGGGAUCGCCGGAAAUUGCACAUCACGCAAUCUCCAUUUUCCACUCUCCGGACUCUACCGACUCUCCGCCCCGGUGCGAGUUUGUCGUUUUCCGCCGUCUCCGCCGGUCAACUUCCGCUUUUGAAAGCUUCAAGCCUUCCGGUCCGUGACGACUUCCGUACUAUUAUACUCGAACUCAUAGGAAGCCCGACGAUGCCCAUAUCAAAACGUGAGAGCACUGUAACAUGGGCUCGAGAGAAGUCUACAUACUCCCCGAUGAAAUCUUCACAGUCCCUGGAUCUAUACCAAGGCAUGAAGCUGGUAGAGAAGAAGAAGUCUUUCAAAUCGAGAUUCUUGCCGUAUCUCCCAUUCAACUCAACCUCACCCUCUCUCCGAUUUCGUCAUAUCAGCAUCUGCAUCAAGCACUUUUACCUAGCCCACGGCAAGAAUGACCAUGUAUCGGACACAGUAGCUCAACCUGCCAUGCAGAAGAAAAACACUUUAGCAAUACCGAGGAGAGCCAUCACAGCAAGAGAGUUACGGGUUGCCCAAGGUGAAGAUCUGCUCUCACGGGUUCCAAACGUCGAAUUUGUUGACUGCAGGGCCUGCCCAGCCAUGAUAUCACGCUCACGGCAAGUCUACAUGUGCUAUUUGGCACUUGCUCACCCCGAGCCUGGGAGACAACCUCUCUCAGAAGAUAUAGAGUACUGUAUGUUUAGCCGCCAUGGCUGGCAAAGCCCCUUGAGGCAUAAGAUGCUCUGCUCUCGACUGGAUGUAUACAUUUCCAUAAAGAUAUCUAUCAAGAUGUCUGAAAUCGAGCUCGUCACCUUUCUCGACGUGCAACAUUACUAUCUCACGAUGACCGGCGACAGCUUGUGUGGUAACUGCGCAAAUGAUAGGAAACCUUCUAGACAUCCAUUACCCGAUAUCCACCCGGACUCCUUCUGGGCUUGCGUUCGUCUGUCAUCUUGGGAAAUUGGGAGCGACGAGAACGGGCGAGGACAUCGUCUUAUAUAUGACUUGAGAUUCGAGAUAUCUUUCAAGACCAUGAGCAUUGCCACGGCCGGAUCAUGGAGUGAAGUCAGUAGGUACAUCAGCGAGAGCCUUGUCUUCGUCUUCCUGACGUCACGCUGCGACACUUCAGCAGCAGUGUUCAAUACAAACCGUAUCCCAACUUUCGAUAUCUUUCUAUCGUCAUCGCUAACCACCGUCUCAAAGAUUAAUGAAGGGAGAAGAACAAAGUCAGUCUCUAGAUGCCUUGACGAUGUGCGUAUCACGGGCAAGGGGAUCGAGAACGCGACUCAAGCUCAGAGAUUGAGUUUUCUAGAAGAUUAUAGUCAAGCACGCAAGCUAGUUAGCCUGACGAUUCGACAUGAUCGACACUUCGUUGGAAUGCUCGCCGAGGCUGGAGAUGAGAUUCGGGGACCGGCAUGUGGAUGCCACCAAUUCGGAAUCCGGAAGAGAUGUACAUCACUCAUACCUGUUAGCUUCGCUGGCGAGGCGAGGAAUGGGAAAGCCUGUCAUUGCGGUUUAUUGCAAGCCAAUGGCCAUUGUUCAAAGGGAGGAAAUGUUGUUGGGAUCUGUGUGUUGCGUUGCGAAUAG